CGGCCCCGCCUCUUCCUCUCGGUCCCAUAUUGAACCCGAGUUGGAGGCGGCGAGUCCGGUCUCAAAAUGGAGGUAAAACAGCCGCCCGGCCGCCCCCAGCCCGACUCCGGCCGCCGUCGCCGCCGCCGGGGGGAGGAGGGUCAUGAUCCAAAGGAACCAGAGCAGUUGAGAAAACUGUUUAUUGGUGGCUUGAGCUUUGAAACUACGGAUGAUAGUUUAAGAGAACACUUUGAAAAAUGGGGCACUCUCACAGAUUGUGUGGUGAUGAGAGAUCCUCAAACAAAACGUUCCAGAGGCUUUGGCUUUGUGACUUAUUCUUGUGUAGAAGAGGUAGAUGCAGCAAUGUGUGCUCGACCACAUAAGGUUGAUGGGCGUGUAGUGGAACCAAAGAGAGCUGUUUCUAGAGAGGAUUCUGUAAAACCUGGUGCACAUCUAACCGUGAAGAAAAUUUUUGUUGGUGGUAUUAAAGAAGAUACAGAAGAAUAUAAUUUAAGAGACUACUUUGAAAAGUAUGGCAAGAUCGAAACUAUAGAAGUUAUGGAAGAUCGACAGAGUGGAAAGAAGAGAGGAUUUGCUUUUGUAACUUUUGAUGAUCAUGAUACAGUUGACAAAAUUGUUGUUCAGAAAUAUCAUACUAUAAAUGGGCAUAACUGUGAAGUGAAAAAGGCCCUUUCGAAGCAAGAGAUGCAGUCUGCUGGCUCACAAAGAGGUCGUGGAGGUGGCUCAGGCAAUUUUAUGGGUCGAGGAGGAAAUUUUGGAGGUGGUGGAGGAAACUUUGGCCGUGGAGGAAACUUUGGUGGAAGAGGUGGAUAUGGUGGUGGUGGUGGUGGUAGCAGAGGCAGUUAUGGAGGUGGAGAUGGUGGCUAUAAUGGAUUUGGUGGAGAUGGUGGCAACUAUGGAGGUGGUCCUGGCUACAGUAGUAGAGGGGGUUAUGGUGGUGGUGGUGGACCUGGAUACGGAAACCAAGGUGGUGGAUAUGGUGGUGGUGGUGGAGGAGGAUAUGAUGGUUACAAUGAAGGAGGAAAUUUUGGUGGUGGUAACUACGGUGGCAGUGGGAACUAUAAUGAUUUUGGGAAUUAUAGUGGGCAGCAGCAAUCAAAUUAUGGACCCAUGAAAGGAGGCAGUUUUGGUGGAAGGAGCUCAGGCAGUCCUUAUGGUGGUGGUUAUGGAUCUGGUGGUGGAAGUGGUGGAUAUGGUAGCAGAAGGUUCUAAAAACUCAACAGAAGAGGGUUGAAUGAAAACUACUUGCCUAUAUGAGGAAUGCCUUGCAUAUCAUCUUAAAUUCGAAGGUUUCUGGCUGGGUAAGACUUAACAGUAUACAGAAAAAACACCUGCAUAUAAUAUCAUUUAGUUGCCCUCUACAUAUCCCAUGCACAUUUUAAGUAUUUCAUCCCUAGCCCAGUUGUGAGUGAUUUUCUUCCUCCCCUCCCCUCUCUCCCAUAUAUGCAUCCAUCAAACUAGCCAUUUCUUGAUUCUGGAACCAUUUUAAUAGGGAACCAAGCAUUACCUUUAUUUUUCUAUUACGAGGCAGUUUGAGCCCUUUGAAAUAGUUGCCUCCGUCAUUUAUGACAAUCUUGUACAAAAAUUACCAACCAGGAAACUCAUUCACAUAAAAUUUGGAAGGUAUUCAAGGCUUCACAGUAGUGUGGAGAUGAUUAUCUCCAUUUUUUACAGAUGAGAGAACUGAGGCUAAAAACUGGUAUUUGAAUCUGCCUCUUCCCAUUUGCUCUGUAUAAAGUGAAACAUUGUUGCCAGACUUUAACAAUUUAGUUUGUUUCUAGGGCUUUAAAAGCCAUUUCUUAUAGAAGCAAUUUUUCAAGCACAGGCAUACUUUGUGUGCCAUAUUUGGUGAUACAUUUGAUAGAAAUAUUUAUAUCGGUAUACUUGUGCUUGCUAAAACUUUCUAUAAAGAAAUUGUUUUUAUAUAUAUUAAUGAAAUCUAAGGGAAUAUUUAAUAUCUGGGGGAUUAAGAGUUUCUUAAAGGUUAACUUCUGGUUCUUUGUUUCUUCAAUUCACCAUCUCUUAAAAUAAUUAUGAAAAUUCAGCCAGUCUUUUUUGUUGUUCAGAAAUAAAUAGAAGCUUGCGUUUUGUCUUUUUAUACUCUGAGAUAUUUCUUGCUCCUAUCACUCCCCACAAAGGAUUUUUUUCCCUUCAUGAUAUUGGCCAAUUCCCAGUCAUGUAUUUAACCAUAAAAAUAUUGUUUUCUAAAAGUACAAAGCUAAUUUUUAGUUACAAAUCAUGUUUGCAUUAAAUGUUGGUAUGAGUACAUUUUAAAAUACACAUUUGUAAACAUUCUUUGUAAAAUUAACCAGCAAACUGGUUCUUAUUUAGAUUUUACCAGGCCCACUCCUACCUUCCCCAGGCUGUUUAAAAUAAUUUUUUCUAAAGUCAAAUAUUUUUUUUUGUGGAAAAUGUCACUUCGUUAUACAUUUUCCCUGCCCUCUUUUCCAGAGAAGUAACCUGACCUUUCUUUUAAAAGUAGAACAAAAUAACAUUUUUCCUAAAGUGAAAGUUUGAUAUUUUUAGUAAAGGGUAACAAUAAUGCUUUCCUAAAGUACUUAGAUUUUCAUGGUUGAGAUUUUACUUCAGGGCUUCAUAUAUACAUUGUAUCUUUUCCUAAAAAUAGCUAUAUGGAAGUUAGGGAAUACAUGGCCUUUUUGAAGGUGUGAGCUAAUAGGAAUUUAGCCAAAUUGUGAUUCAUGUACGAACUGGUCAUAAAAAGUUUAUUAACCACCUACAGGUGAGUAAUUCUCCAGAAAUUUACCUGAAUUUAUAAUGAAUGCACGCCAAAUAAACACAUUUUGGGGGGUCCAUAUUAAUAGCAACAUAAACAAAACUAAUGAUCAAUGAUUUUUUUCACUUGGUUUAGUGAUUUCAUUUCAUCAGGAAUUUUGGUUUGCUAGACUGCAUGAUAAAUAACAUGAAUUGUUUUCAAGCAGACUUGUUUUUUGAAAAUGAAAAGCAAUCAAAUAUUUAACUGGGUCUGUUGUUUCUUAAUUAUAAUGAACACAAGUUUUAACAAGUAAAUAUGCACAUUGAAUAACUGGAUUCAGAACUUUUGAAUGUGUUUCACUGGAAGGAGUGGGGUACUGGGACUUAACUAGAGUGUUUGGUGGGAUCUGUAGUGCCUCUAGGGUAACAAUUGACCAAGAAAUCUUGAUUUAUUCCUAUACAAAUUUCUACUAUCCCAAAACAAAACAAAAAUGUCUUGUAAAACAAUUUCCUACUGAGGAGACUCCUAAUUUGGCUAUUUGAUGCCAAGAUAACAAAUAGUUCAAACUUUUGCAGGAUUAAAUACAAACUGGCGCAGACAGCUUUGUUUUCAAAGAUGGCAAUUAAGUGCUGCUGUUGCAGCAGGUGACACAUUUCUAAAAUGGCAGGGUUUUUGUCACACUACACCGCUUAUUGCGAUUAGGAUAAUUGUAUAAACUGAAAUUUUAUACAAAUACUUUAGAAACUUGAUAAUCUGUUAAUUUUAAAAGGAUUGCUUAUAAUGCAUUGAAAUGCUUGUAACAACAAUGUAUAUAGAACCACUUUUUCAUUAAAAUCUUUUUGUAAAAUGUG